AUGGCGUCCGACUGCCGGAUCCUUCCCCGAGCCUCCUGGACCAGGGCAGACCUGUUACGGUUCUCCCCUCCAUCUUCCCCGCCCCCUCCACACCGCCCAGCCUGGAACCGCUACCGCCCGUCGGACAGCAUGACGGGCCUGCUGAUCGCCCUCUUUGGGGGCGGGGUGCCCGCCGGCUUCGCAGCCCUCUUCACCCGCAUAGCCAACGAGACCUCGGGCAUCCCCUCCCUGGAGAUCCUCCUCUUCCGCUGCACCCUCCACCUCUUCUCCCUCAGCUGCAUCCGCUACCAGCAGAUCCCCUGCUGCGGGCCCCCGGAUUCCCGCAAGCGGGCCCUCUUCCACGCCUUCGUCAACGUCAUCUCCAUCGGCUUCGCCUACACCUCCUUCAUGGUGGUGCCCAGCGGGAACGCCACCACCGUCCGCAAGGGGUCGUCCACCAUCUGCUCCAUCUUGCUGGCCUUCUGCAUCGAGAACUACCGCCUGACGGGCUACGACUGGUUCGGGCUGGUGGGCAGCACGCUGGGGGUGCUCAUCAUGGUGGUCCCGGACUUGCUGAACCUGGACGAGAGCACCCAACUCUACGACGCGGUCGGCUACAUCUUGGCGUGCAUGGGAGGGGUGCUGCUGGCCCUGGGCCUGGUCAUCUUCCGGGGCCUGGACUUCCCGGCCAAGCUGGUGACGGUCGUCUUCCUCUUCGGCACGGUGGGGAGUCUGUUGUGCCUCCCGGCCAUGUUCCUCCUGCAACACCCGGUCGUGCCCGUGGAUCCCCUGACGUGGGUGUGCGUGGCGGCCAUCAGCACCUGCGCCUUGGCGUCCUUCCUGUGCGCCAGCUACGCGGUGACGAAAGUCCACCCGGCCCUGGUGUGCGCCGUCCUGCACUCCGAGGUGGUGGUGACCCUCGCCCUGCAGUAUUACGUCCUGCGGGAAGCGGUGACGCCCUUUGACAUCACGGGGGCGGGGGUCAUCCUGGGGAGCAUCGCCAUCAUCACCGCCCAGAACAUCAGCUGCGACGCGCCCGAGGACGAGGAA